AUGACGACGUAUGCAAAGCUCAUGGAUGACCCGAUAGGAAUUACGAAGAGAAAGAAAAACCCGAAAAUUAGAAUAGGAACAUGGAAUGUUCGAGGAACAUAUAGCGAAGGAAAACACAAACAAAUAGUUCAAGAAUUACAAAGGUAUAAUAUAGAUGUAGCAGCUAUACAAGAGACGAAACAAAAAGGCAAAUUCAUCACUGAAAUAGACAACUACAUAUUAUUUAAUAGCGGAAUUGACAACAGAGAACUAGGAACAGGAUUCAUGGUGAAGAAGAGCCUGAAAGGAGCAGUAAUUACCUUCAAAUCAAUCUCAGAAAGAAUGAGCUAUAUAAGAUUGAGAAGAGACGCCAACGCAAUGAUAGGUAAAGAGAAUUGCUACAGGCCAACAAUCGGGAAAGAAAGCAAACACCAAAAAACAAAUGAAAAUGGAGAAAAACUGAUAGAGUAA